AUGGAUAGAGGCGGAGAUAAUCAAGGCGACAUUCCUGAACUUUUAGAAGGUGCACAACUCUUGAAUACAAUUGGAAUUGCAUUAAAUGUUCACUUUAGUGAUCCAACAAAAUGGACUGAAGAAGAAAUGGAAGAAGCUGAGUUUGGUCAUUUAUGUUUUUUUAAAGAUGAUUCAAGAAAGGCAAUUGACGUGAUUGUCAAUAAAAUUAGUGAAGAAAGUAAAGGAAAAGAUCGAUUCUUGAUAACCGUCUUGCCAAUUCAACUUUAUUCAAACGAAAAACUUUAUUCGUUGUCACUUUUUCGUUUCAAAACUGACUCAAAAUGGAAAUUCAUUGACAAUGUCGGAAGAGUUUAUAAAGAUUUUCAAGAUUGGAAGGAGAAUAAUGUUCUUCCACCAGGAAAAGUUUGUUAUCCAUUGAAUGGUCAUUUGCAAAGGAAUUGUAAGGGAUAUGUUCAAACAAGAUGCAAAAGUACGCCUUACGGAUCGAAUCAAUCAAAAGUUAUGAAAACUGCUGACAUUUCAACUGGUGUCAUAGGAAUUGUCGGUGCCAUUGGGACAGUCUUCCUAACAGGUGGAGCUGCUCUUCCUUUUGUUGUAGCUGGUGUUGGGUCAGCAAUUUACACAACUACAAGAUCAAUUUAUCAUUUAGUUGAUCGUGGAAAUCACGGGCAAACAUUAAGUCCAUUUGAAAAUCAUGAAACUUUCAGUUUAUGGCUUGGAAUUGGUGCCAAUGUUAUUAGUUUUGGAGCCAUGGGUGCAACAAUUCGAUUAUCUACGUUAGCUUUUCAAGGAAAAAAUAUUUCACAAACUUUCAGAGCUUUUGUCAACAUCAUAAAUGGAACAACUUUGGGAGUAAAUUCAGUGGCAGUUGCAAAUUCUUUAGCUUACAUGGCGAUUCAUUUCGAAGAUAUGUCACCAAUGGAUAUGUUAAUGCAAGUCGCUUCUGUUGCUUUUUGGGCGAAAUCUGUUUUUUCAUAUAAACCUGCAUCAACAAUUGUUAAAGAAAUUCAUAAUCAAGUUCUUAAUGGUUAUUCAACAGCACUUGGACACGCUCAAGAUGAUUUCAAUCAAUUUCGAGUGAAAUUCAACAAUGACAAACAGUUAGUUAAAUUUUAUUUUCGUUAUUUGAAACAAGGAUUGGACCCCGCACAAGUGAGUGAUGUUUUAGUAGAAAUCUAUCAAAUGGGGGCAGGCGCACAAUUCUUUUCUGUGGAUCCAGGACAAAUGACAGUGAACAUUAAUGGUCAUACAUUUACAAUGGAGUUUCUAAUGUCGAUUAAGUCUUGUAAUCGUCAAACAGUUUUCAAUAUUCUUGGAGGCAUGAGCGAAGAAGAAACAAAAAGUUUUAAUAAACUACGAAGUCAGAUUCAAGACGACGUUGCACUUUUUCAUCUCAUUGCUGAAGUCUGCAAAGAUCAUGGAAUAAAUCCAGAAGAUGCUGCUAGUAGUUUAAUUACUUUUUGGGAUGUCAUUGACGAUGACACAACAAAAGUUGCACCAUCUAUUAAAUUGAAUAAAGAUGCAAGCAUAACUCUCGGAAAUGGAUUUUCAUUUAGCAUAAAUCAAGUUCUUGAGAUAGCACACAAUCACGAUGUUACACGUCUUAUGAAAGAAAACUUAUUUCAUUUCAGUGUUGAAGAUGCUAUAAAGUUCAAUCAACUGAGAAAGUUAUGUAAUGACGAUAAGAAAUUCCUCACGUGGAUAUCGGAAUCAGAUAAGAUGAAUAUUGGCAACACUGUUGAAGUAUUAAUGGAAAUAAAAUCGAAUGAAACUGAAGAUUUCAAGUUCUUUGACAUGAUAAAAUUUGAAGAAAGUUCAAGUGUUGAGUGUGGAAUUAUUAACAUUAAUGACAUUUUAAAAGUCAGCAUUUUUUUCUUAGCCCAAUUAGAUGUUAAGCAAUUUAUUCAAGUCAUACAGAUGGCAAAAACUUCUGAAAUUGUCGAUGGAAAACUUAGAAAAUUCCAUGAAAGAAUUGGUAGUUUUAGAAUACAAUCUGAGUUUAACAGAAAUCAAGCUCAAGAAUGGUUCAAAGAAGUGACAAAGAAAUUUACUCGAAUAACUGCAAGAUAUGGUCAACCGAAACCAAAGGAACUUAAUCGCAUAUUCCACAUUAAAGCUCUUCUCAACAGAUUCAGUCAAAAUUCACAACAAGAAAUUAUAAACUUUGUGUUCACUUUGAAUCCCAAGAAAAUAAACGACUUUUGCGCAUGUUGUGACUUUGCUUACACGUUUCUAAAUAAUGCAAUGGAGAAACUUUCAGUUGAACUGUACAAAACUCAAAAAAAUGCUGCUAAAAGUGAAUUUCCAUCAAUCAGAAAAUGGCGAGAGGAUCAAGUAAUACAUGACAUAAAGAACAACUGCAGGGUAAGCAAAUUGGAAUUUGCCAAGCACAGAAUGAACGUGACAAGAAAUAAAAUGUUUGAGAAAUCACCGAACGACUUCAAAGAUGGAUUGUCGGAUAAAGAGUUGUUGAAGUCGAUAGUUUCAAGGGUGAAAAAUCAUGAAUUAAUAAAAUUUGAGACAGACAUAAGCGCUACUGUACAACUCUAUAAAAGAUCAAAGCAUGAUGUCAAAAAGUUUAUUGAUAGAGCAAAUUUCAUUAUAAAAGAUUCAAAAUCCAAGUCACAUGUUUGGAGGUGUCAAGAAGGUGUUACCAGAAUCGUAGAAUUCAUUGAUUCAAAUGGCCGUGUUGAAGUAACAAAAGAGUUUGGAAAUGCUUCCCUUAAUACUUUUAUUGAAUAUGAUCAUUAAUUAUAGAAACUGUAAUUGUAUUUUAAUUCAAAUAAAUCGAGAUGACACUUAGGUAG